AUGGCCGUUAUGCAGAGAGAAAAAGUAGAGCUACGGGAUGUUGGAGAGACAGUGAGUAUUCCUGACCACCCCGUGGGUAAGGCCAUGUAUUAUCUGAAAUGCAUUUGCAAUGUCUUGGACCUUACUAAAGGAAAUAGCAAACUCCAAAAAUUCACAGACUUCGGAAAUUAUCGUCUGUUGACAGAUGACGAUAUUGAUGAACUAACUGUGCUGUUGUUAUCCCUUGAUCAUAAGAAUCUUAUCGGCAAAUGUUUGAUUCCUAACGAAGAAGCGUGCGGAGAUUCCAGCAACAAGUUUAUUGAGCUUGAGUCUGUGAGAGAAAAUAUGGUUAUUGUUGAUGAUAUUCUCAUUGCUGGGCAACAGCGGCAGGUGAAUAGACUCAUGUUCUUUAAAAUUGUGUGGCUUCAAACAUAUUGUCUCACCCCCUUGGAAUUUUUGAGCGAACGUUUGGAUCGACGGAGAGCAGAACUCGCUCGAAGAAAUGCGACACGGGCACUUCCUUACCCGACACCAACCUAUAGAUCACAGGCUAGUGUCCAAUCUUAUCCCAUCAGCCACAGGACAUCCAUUUGCUGUACCAUACUUUAA